AUGACCAGGUACUUGGAUGAAUCGGACAUCAUGAUGGUGGAGGAGGGCUUCACCACCAGGGACUUGCUAGAGAAUCUCCUCCUGGAGGUUUCCCAGGCGGUAAGAGGCAGGGGCAGUUGACUUACUGGGUGGGUGGAUUGUAGCCCUUUUGGUGUCUCUGCAUCCCAUUAUGCUCUGUCCAUACUAGAGAGUACGGCGCUAUCAUGUGCAUAGGGGAGGGAACAGUUUACCUGAGCCUGUCUUUUCCCCUCUUUUUUUAAAAAAAAGUUUUUUUAAAAAAUUGCACUAACAUGCUUCUUAAAUAUCAGCGCUAUUUCAUGAUGAUUAAAAAGAAAAAUUGUAAUAAAAUGACCUGACAGGAAAGACAUAGCACAAGUGCAGGACUCCAGGUUUUACGAGGGUUAGGAGCAAGUUUCUCGACCUUUCGGUUUGAAAUAUAUGCUUGAAAGUCCAUGUGCUGUUCCUGGCAAAACCUUGGGAGCCACAGGAAUAGUAGCUGAGCAGGAUUCCCUGGGAUCAGGGCAAGGAUCCUGCUUCAGGGCCCUUCCUAACACUUUGCGUCUCCCCCUUUCGCUUGCAGAAGCAGAAUAAAUCACACAAAAUAAGAGUAGCCAGCUUUGUGCAGGUGUAACUUAUACAGGUCUCAAAAUUCAGCUUUUAAUAUGGAAUAGUUGGAGUGCAGAGUGAGAGCUUCCAGUUUUAUCCUCAGAAGAACCCUGUGAAGGGAGGCAAGACUGAGAAACGGUGAUGGCCCCAGAAGGCUCAGUGGCCAAGUGUGGGUCCCCUGAACCAAGUGGGUGAACAGAGCCCAAGAAAAAGGCAACCGCUUUAAGUGAAAGGCGAAUAGCAUGUUAAAAACAAUUGGGUGUGUUUCCCCAGGGACAGGCUCUCUUGACUGUCUUUCCUCUUUUCCAGGGAAGCCAAGAAGCCUUUUUUGUGGCAGAUCUCGAGGAUGUGGUGAAGAAACAUUUGCACCUCCUCAAGGCCUUGCCCCGCAUCAAGCCUUUCUAUGCUCUGAAGUGCAACCGCAGCAAAGGAGUGGUUCAGAUGCUGGCAGGGCUGGGAGCCGGAUUUGGCUGUGCCAGCAAGGUAGGAACGUGGUGGGAACAGGGAAACUGGGCUCCCUUGGAGAAGCAGCUGGAUGCAUGCAUUUUUGUUUGGUGUGCAUUGCAGCAUAUGCCUUCAUUACUAUUAUUACUACAGUGGAUGCUCGGGUUGCAAACGUGAUCUGUGCAAGAGGCAUGUUUGCAACCCGCAGCGUUCGCAACCCGCAGCGCUGCGUCUGCGCAUGCGUGGGCUGUGAUUUGGCACUUCUGUGCAUGCGCGAAGAGUGAUUUAGUGCUCCUGCGCGAGCGCCGAAAUCCGGAAGUAACCCGUUCCAGUACUUACGGGUUCGGCGUGAUGCGCAACCCGAAAACACGCAACCUGAAGCGUCUGUAACCCAAGGUAUGACUGUACAUUUAUAUCCCACCUUUCCUCCAAGAAGCUCAAGGUGGUGUAUACAUAGUUCUCCCCCCUCCAAUUUAUUCUCACAAGACUAGAGAAUGGGGAGACUGAGGACAGCACCAGCAUCCAUCUUGAUAAAAUGUUGCUCUCCUGCAAAUGGCUGGGAGGAAGCCUGGCUCACAGUGCAGGUCAGCCUUCCCCAGCUUGGUGCCCUCCAGAUGUGGUUGCUGGACUACAACUCCCAUCAGCUUCAUUCAGCAUGCUGCACUUGGCUGGGCUGAUGGGAGUUGUAGUUCAUAACAUCUGAAGGGACACCAAGUUGGGGGAGUCUAUGUAGGUGAAGAGCCUAUUGCAUCUUCUUUUUUGAAUAUUCUACCUCUUUCUUCACCCUGAUUGCCUCAAGAGUUGAGUCCCAGCAGCUAACUGGGCAGUAUGCAGUCCGGAGAGAAAGCCAGAGAUAGGGAUAUUGUUGCUAAGGUUGCUGUGCCCAGCUGGAUGCAACAGGGCUAGACAGGCUAGAAGAAUGGCUGGGAGACGGUUGCAAAGGAAACAACUGGCAGGCAACAGAGCCUGGAUCAGAAAGAUUCAAAUCCUUGACUUAAAAUGCCUGCAGUUCCCUCUUUCCAACAGCCUUCCUGGUGGUUCAGGAAAGAGGGAGUCAGUAUGUGUUCCUCUACAGUUCCCAGCCACCCACUGCCUACAAUGCCCAGUCAGAAGAGUCCUUCCUUCCAACAUCCUUUGUUUUGAACUUUCAGGCAGAAAUGGCCCUGGUGAAGAGUAUUGGAGUCCCGCCGGACAGAAUCAUCUGCACCAGCCCUUGCAAGCAGAUCUCCCUGAUCAGAUAUGCAGCUAGCCAAGGGGUGCAGCUGAUGACUUUUGACAAUGAAGUGGAGCUCAGCAAGGUAGCACGGAGCCACCCGUCUGCCAGGUAAGGCAGACUGCACCUGUGGGCAUAAAUAUAAAUAUAUAUGCAGGAGGGAACAGUUGCAAUGGGCAGAAGAGUCUAGUGCAAUAAGCAGAAGUAGUGAAUCUUAAAGGCGUUGAUUGCAAAGGAUAUGGGGCCUUUGCUGGAACCCCCAAAGGUUUCACUUUGCAGUUAGAGAAAAAGGGCCAGGUGUGUGAAGUUGCAGGUCAGACUGGAGCAAACUCCUUGUGGAGUAAGAUUCAGGUUUCAACCAGAUACCAGACUAUGGGGUUGCCUGCAGACUGUUUUUAUUUUGCGAGAGGGAUUCAAGCACAUCCCGGAAACUUAGGUUCACACAAAGUCGAUUAAUGGACUCAUAUCUCUUUACAGCAACAAAUCCACUUAAAAAGAAAAUUAAGCUUUUGCGGUUAGGAAAGUGACAGGGAAAUGCAUUGAAAAAUGUGGGAUGAAUAAAUGAAUAAUGGGAAGAUGUAUAAAAACCACACAAGCAAAUCAGUUGUGGACAUUCCCCUUAGAGAUGUUUCUGGCACCUUCAUUAUACAGUUUUCGGUGAAUGCUGAGGACAAUUUUCUUUGUCCUAUCUUUCGAGGUGCAGAUUUUUAGGACCCACUUUAUUUCUCUAAUUGUAAAAUGUUAUAAAAUGUUUUUUAAAAUGUGUUGUAAAGUUGAAUUUCAAUGUUGUAACCUGCCCUGGGACCUGAGGGUGAAGUAUAGGUAAUAUAUUUUUUUUAAUGUGGGACUGAGGAUAGAAACUUGCAGUCUGAACUCAGAUUUGCUGUGUGACUCUGCAAGUCUUUGUCCCAAAAUUCAAAUACACUGAAAAUCUGGAUUUUGGAAAAAAAGGCAGAGAAGAGAGAGAAACAAUUGGCAAAAGAGGAGAUAUAAAAAAAAAGGAAUAUUUUAAAAAUAAUUUGCCCUUGGUGCAGAAUUGGAGGGGAGGCAGGUGCUGGGUUAUCACAAGCAUCUCCUGGAAAGCAAUUUUGCAAAAGAUGAGUCUGUACUGUGCCUGGCAUGCUGUUGGCUCAGAAGAAGCAACAUACCACUAUUGUCACAGUUGUUGUCUGAGUUUGCUCUCCCCACCCACCCACCUUGUUCCACAGAAUGAUUCUGUGCUUGGCUACCGACGACUCCAGGUCCUCCACCUGCAUGAGCAUGAAAUACGGCGCCACACUUAAAGUCUGCCGUCACCUGCUUGAGACUGCAAAGGAGAUGAAUGUCGAGGUGGUUGGUAUCAGGUAGGCUGCGGGUUUCCUUGUGCUCACUGAGGAGAGGGAAGAAAAGGGCACUCGAUCAAGGCUCACUCCUAGGCAGCUGGCCCCCUACCUGGACCUCUGGGUCUUGCUCUGUAGCUGCCAUUGGCAUUGCCCCUGCAUCUUCCCCACCCAGAGUUUUCAGCCCAUGUCAACAGCUGAGUCUUGGACACACCCUGUUUGCUUAGGACGCAGGGCAGAGAGCAAACACUUGGGGCAGAGCCACUUGCAUUGUUGGGGGCUUCCAUGAGCAGCUGGGUGGGGGGGAACAAGUAAGAGCCCCCACCCACAUUAGGGCAGUAGCUUGAGUGGCAGUUAUAAUAAAUUAGUCAGUGAGAGAUUUUGAUCAUAUUUUGUGGCAAUGUCCAAAAGCAAAAAAAAAAAAAAAAAGUUGGGAGAUGAUUCAUAAUAAACAGCCUCUUUAGAUCCUCUUUUUUAAUUUAAGUUAUACGGGCAUGUAAAGAGCGAGUGGCAGGCAUGAUCAAGGCUGCCAGAAUUCAUUAUGCACAUAGGAGAAAAAAGAAAAAAAUUAGUAUUGGCUGGACAAAUUAGAGGAAUGCAUGCUCUUAUGGGCAAAAUGAAUGCAUUGUUUUAGUUAAUCACUUCCCUUGAGGCACCCCAAAGUGAUUUGGCAAACCGUGCUCUUAUCAGAACAAGAGAAUAAACACUGAGAAGGGAUAGGUUUAAUGAAAUCUGGGUUUGCUCCACUAAGUAUUGCAGAAGCAAAGCACUCUACCCAAACAAGCAGCAUUGUUUUUUGCAUCCAUCUAGACGUUGGUCUGGAAAUGAAGUAUGUGACCUGUGUUCUGUUACUUUUAAGAGUUAAUUUGUUUUUUCCUGUGCAUCAGUUGUUUGUAAACUGUGGACGUUUUGCACACGUAUCUCCAACAGAUCUUGGGGGAUGUGCAUAUCUUGACUGGAUUUUGUACAUGCAUAUAAUACAUGUGUGUGUGUGUGUAUCUGUAUAUAUGUACACACACACACACACACGAAAUGGUUUAACAGUUUUGAAAAGCUACUCACCAGCCCACUUGCCUUCCUUUCCAGCUUCCACAUUGGAAGCAGCUGUGCCGACCCCCAGCUCUUCACUCAGUCCAUAGCAGACGCUCGCCUGGUCUUUGAAAUGGGUGCAGAACUAGGCUACAAGAUGCACCUCCUGGACAUUGGAGGGGGCUUUCCUGGUGCUGAAGAGUCCAGAGGGCGCUUCGAAGAGGUACAAGUCUUGGUUCUCUCUUCAGCAGAUGGCAAAUAGGCCAGUUUUGGGGGAGUGCUGGCUCUGGGUGCGCAAGACCUGGGUUCAAAUUCCUGUUGAGCCGAGAAGCUUGUUGGGUGGCCUUGGGCAAGUCACAAUUGUCUCAGCCUAGACUACCUAGUGUGAGGAUAAAUGCAAGAUGCUGAAAAAGCCAGAGCGAAGUGGCAGUGGAGGGCGGGUGUGUGAAGGCAAGUGGGGCACUCCCCCCACCCAUCACAGUCUUCCCCCAGCUAGCUGCCACCUAGUUGCCUUCUUAGUAGUAAGCAGUCCAGGGGUGAUGGUUUUGCCUGUCAUUGGCUCUGACUAUGCAAGACUUUGCUCUGAGCUUCAAGGCCUGCUAGAAAGGAAAUAUGAACAUGUCUCUACUUGGAGCACCAAGAGGCACAUUGGAGACUCCCCUGCACCACCAUUUCACCCUAAUAAUGAGACGUCUUUUGCUAGUGAAAGUAACAAACAUCUUCUACAGCUAAGGAGACCUAGUUUCUGAAUGGACACAAGACCUUGAGCACUGUCGUAUUUUGGUGGCCAUUUACCCCAGUGAAACACAUCAUUACAGAUGGUGUGAACAUUUAAAAAGAAGUCAUAUAUUUGACUAAUUUUAAGGGAGGCAGAAGCAAAGUGUGUGAAUGGCUUCACAUCUUGUUUGACACCCUACACACACACCCAUUGCAUAUAUUUCCAGAUAGCCUGUAAAGUUCUGCCUAAGACUGAUUCCUGCUCCCCCAUUGCCAUCAGCACUCAGAAUGCAUUGCAGUGAUUCCUGCAUUGCAGGGGGUUGGACUAGAAUAGAUCACCCGUGGGGUCCCUUCCAAUUCUACAAUUCUAUGACUUGAGUCCCACAUGUUUGUAACAGCUGGAUGUGGACUCUUCUCUCCCCCCCCUUCAGACAGCAGCUGUGGUCAGCUCCGCCUUGGACCUAUAUUUCCCAGAAGGCUGUGGGGUGGAGGUCAUUGCUGAACUGGGGCGCUACUAUGUGGAUUCGGCCUUUACCUUAGCGGUCAACAUUGUUGCCAAGAAGGAGGUUCCCCUGGACCAGCCGGGCUCUGAUGGUAGGUUUGGUCAGCUUCCGUCCGGAUUCUGCAAUAAGUGUGAGAGAUUAUUGCCAGACACCUUAUAGGGAAAAGAAAAGGCCUUUGCCACCACCACCCCAUUAUCUGAGACAGGGAAUGCCAAACCCAGGGGCCAAGUGUGGCCCUCCAGACCUCUCUGUCUGGCCCUUGAGACUCUCCCUAGCACAGACCUCCUUUCUAGGCCACACUCCUCAGUGAACGUGGGUGGUGUCUUUCAGCUGUACAGUUUUCUAUAUCCCAAGAUCCUUGAGGAGGCCCUUCUUCCUGUCUCAGCAACACAGGGCUGGCCUGUCCAUGAGGCUCAGUGAGGCAGUCACCUCAGGCAGCAGGCUGGGGACAGCGGAUCUGGGUUUCUGAGGAGCUCACUGCUCACCACCCUCCUGUGCUUGUUGCCCCUGCCACCGCCGCCUCAGCUGUCUCCUCAGUUGCUGCCAUCUCCUUUACAGACUCCUUUUUUCCUCCCUGCCACAUUCAGCAAGCCAGAGCUUCUCCAGGCUGCCUCCAGUUGCUUCAGGCAGUGCAGGUUUUGCCUCAAGCAGCAAAAUGUCCUGGGCCACCCUUCCACCAACAUCUGAAGCACAUCUGACAGGAACAGGGCCUUUUCAGUGGCUGCUCCCAGAGGCUCUGGGGCUUCUUGCCAAGGGAGACUCACCAGCCCAGUCACUGGUUACCUUCCACCAUUAGGCAAAGGCACUUCUAUUUGGCUGGGCCUUUGAUGCAUAUGCUGGCAUAUAAAUACAUUGCAAUUAGGGUUUUUUUAACCUUUUUUUUUAAACUGAUUCAAUGGAUGUUUCACUUGCUUUGUGUUUAUGUUUAUUAUUUUUUUACUUUGUAUUUUCUUGCUAUUUCACUGUAUUUGUAUUAUUGCUGUUAGCCGCCUUGAGCACUGCUUGGUGGAAAUGCGGGAUAGAAAUUUAACAAACAAACAAAUAAGGCACCCCUGACUUGGCCUCUGCUGCAUUUCCUCUGGCUGUCCCAGAUGAAGACCCCGGUGGCAGGAAGAGCUUCGUCUACCAUCUCAACGAUGGCGUUUAUGGCUCCUUCAGCUCAGUCAUCUUCAACAACGUCUGCCCAAUCCCCAUCCUGCACAAGGUACCGAGGGUUUUGUAACUGGCUUCCUUAAGCAGAGCCACAGAAGGAGAAUGUGGCUCUCACCAUUUGCAGGUUUGCAGCAGGGAUGGUCAAACUGGAAAGCCCAGUGAAGCAGCACCCUCAGGUGCCAGAGUCGCACAAGCCCCUCCCUCAGCAGUGCCACCAUCUUCGGGCACCUCUCAAUGGUUGCUGCUUUGGGGUGGGAUUCAAUAGUAAAUAGCUGAUGUUUGCGGGUGGGCAAGCUCCCCUUUGCACAGACGGGGCACAGUCUCUUAAAAGUGAAUUGUAACAAAUUUGGGAAGAAAGCAAAUGAAUAGGCCUUUUUCGUGGCAGUAACUUAAGUCCAGUUGGUUUCAUUGCAACUUGGUUGCAAAUACCUUUUUUUGGAUUGUGCCCAUAAACUGCUUGUUGAUUUCCAGUGAUGAUGUUUUUUAAACAUUGUGGGAAGUGCCUGUAUUAAUUUCAGACUUUACUCCCUUCCUCCUGACCCAGAAUUCUGGUUAGUUUUGGGGACAGAGAUUCUGUAACCUGGAGAAUUUCCGCUUUCUUUUUUAAAAUACAUGUUUCUUGUCCUCAUAGAAAUUCAUGCAAGGUCUGGCUAGCCAGUCAUAGCUGUUUCCUCCACUUCUCUCGAUGCAGAAACCCUCUCCAGAUCUUCCCCUGCACAGCAGCAGUUUCUGGGGACCUACUGGGGAUGGGCUGGACUGCAUUGCGGAUGGCAUGGAGCUCCCGGAACUGCACCCCGGGGACUGGCUGAUCUUUGAGAACAUGGGGGCUCACACCAUGCCAGCUCCCUCAGCUCUCAGUGGGGCCCAGCAAGCACAGAUCUACUACACCAUGUCGAGAAUGGCCUGGUGAGAUAAUUUCCCAGAACCCCUUGCGAGGGGGAAGCAGGAGAUUGUAUCAAAUCUAAAAAUGGAGAAAGCUGUGACCCUCCAAAUGUCGCUGGGUUGCAGCCAUUGCCCCUAAUGGCCAGGGCUGAUGGGCAGUGGUGAAGGAACCCUCUCUGGCACCUGAGGCGGGAUGCCCCACCUGGUGACAUGCGCGGCAGCCUGCCACACAUGUGCGGUCCGUACAGAAUGCUGCUUGCAUGCGCAGUCCGUACAGUCGCCGUGCAAGCGGUGCCCAUACUGACUGCGCACCCUCGGCUGCUCUACAGCUGAGGGGCAGGCAGGGACCAUCUUGUCACACACACACACCUCCAGAGUGGCACCCGGGGUGGCUCGCCCCCUCCACCCCCCACUUCGUACGCCCCUGCUGAUGGGCACUGUAGUCCAGUGGCAACUGGAUGGCUGCUAGUUCCCCAGGAUGGGAGGGCUUGGAUCUGAAACACUUUCAGAAUUCUUAAAAUGCCACAGAAGCUCUGUUAUUAAACUUUUAUUAAAGGCAAAGGAGUGCCAUUAGCACCUGUACUUGUGGGCAGGUGGCAAAUCACACUGGAUUUCUUUAAGAGCACAGGGUUGAGUGAGAGCAAACUGGGAAUUGUCUGCUGGCAGGAGAGGGGUACCAGUUUGGAAAACUGAGCCAAGAGAGCAACUGAGUCCUUUCUCUUUUGUCUUGGGCUUGCUGUGGCCCACAGGGAAGCCGUCCAGCUCCUUCAGGGGAAACUGCUGCACGCGGAGGAAGAGGACCGGGAGAGUACAUGCACCCCCCUGUCCUGUGGCUGGGAGAUCACGGACACCCUGUGCGUUGCCCCCGUCUUCACUCCAGCAAGCAUCAUGUAA